UGUACCGUGAGACGUUGUGUGUGUUUGAUAUUCGCUUGAAGAUUCCUAUUUUAUUUGCAUUUUUGGAAAUUCUGAUUGUGAGCGAGCGGCCCUUUGCUGUGACUUCCGUUAGCAAAGCUAAAUAGUGAAAUAAAUAUCAGUCAGUGAAAUAAGUGACCCUUUCGGGUUGUAUCCGAAUAAUCGUAGAGGCUGCAUGCAUCUUAUCGGGAAAUUCGACAAUUGUGAAAGUGGCUUAUUGAUUGUGUUCUAAAACGGGAUGAAAGUGCAGACGGCCAAAUGAACUUGGGAAACACCUUUUGAAUUUUCAAUAGUGGCGGCGCGAUGGCUUUCCCGAGUAUUUUAUGGUGCAAGUGCAGUGUUUGAUCAAAUGACUUGGUGCUCAAUUUAGCGGCGAAUCGAAAGAUCAAGCAGGAAGACUCUUCACGAUAUAAAAAUGCUCCCAUAUCAGGCAGUCGCGAUGGAUUAUGCUGGUUAUCAACGGCAAGGAACAAAUGUACCAGGUGGUCCAAUGGCGGCAAUGGGAUCGCUUGGCAUGGGCGUGGGAGGCUCGCCUUUCACACACUCCUGGUUGGUACCGACUCAGGACCUGUGUGCUGUACCCUACAACAAAUUGCCAAACCAACAUCAGAAUACAACGAUGCAUUCAAAUCAACAGUCUAUUGAACCUGGUAUUUUGGAAUUACGCAAGGAGAAAUCAAGAGAUGCUGCCCGGUCUCGAAGGGGAAAGGAGAACUUUGAGUUCUAUGAGCUGGCUAAAAUGCUACCGUUACCUGCUGCUAUAACAAGCCAGCUAGAUAAAGCAUCAAUCAUAAGACUGACCAUUAGUUAUUUGAAAUUGCGGGAUUUCUCCGGCCACGGAGAUCCUCCAUGGAGUCGCGACAGUUCCACCAGUAGUAAAGUUUUGAAAAGUGCGUCAAUUCGCCGUAGCCCUGCAUUAGAUUUAUUCGAACAGCAUCAAGGUACUCAUAUACUUCAGUCCCUGGAUGGCUUUGCUUUAGCGGUAGCUGCAGAUGGGAGAUUCUUAUACAUCUCAGAAACUGUAUCUAUUUACCUUGGACUAUCCCAAGUUGAGAUGACCGGAAGCAGCAUAUUCGAUUACGUGCAUCAAGGAGAUCACGCGGAAAUAGCUGACCAGUUAGGCUUAUGUCUGUCAAACGCACAAACUGGCGGAUUGGCUUCACCCUCGUCUGGAGCCUCUGAUGAAGGUGGAGGAAGCACUCAGGGCACAAAUAACCCCGAUGUGUCUUCGCAAAUGUCUCUGAGCGCAACUAGUGCUUACAAAGGUUUCGACAGAUCAUUUUGCAUAAGGAUGAAAUCGACUUUAACGAAGCGAGGUUGCCAUUUCAAAUCAUCAGGUUACAGGGUGGUUCUACUACUCUGCCGCUUACGUCCCCAGUAUACCUUUUCCCACACUCGGAAAUCCCAGCCGCCGCUCCUUGGAAUGGUUGCUCUAGCAAUCGCAUUGCCACCGCCUUCCGUGCAUGAAAUACGCUUAGAGUGUGACAUGUUUGUGACUAGGAUUAAUUUUGAUUUCCGAAUAGCACAUUGCGAACCAAGGGUUUCCGAGUUGUUGGAUUACACCCCGGAGGAACUAACUGGGAAAAAUUUAUACAAUCUUUGCCACGGGGAAGAUGCGCACAAGUUAAGGAAAUGUCAUAUGGACCUGAUAAACAAAGGACAAGUAUUAACACACUAUUAUAGAAUAAUGAAUAAAAAUGGUGGUUACACAUGGCUUCAAACAUGCGCGACGGUGGUUUGCAGUUCCAAAAACGCCGAUGAGCAGAACAUCAUUUGUGUGAAUUAUGUAAUAAGUUGUCGAGAAAAUGAGAAUCUCAUCCUGGACUGUUGCCAGCUGGAAACAACUAUCGAGAAUAUUAAGCAUGAAGAACAAAGUAAUGACAAUGGAGCUGGGUCGCCUGGAGGUGAUCCUCCUAGCGAAGGACAUACAGGACCUCCAGGGCCGGCAUCUGAAACACAAUCUUCUCCCAAGCCGGAUGCAGACCAUCGAAGUAGAAGCUGCAGCCACACGGACAGCAGCAAUUCACAAAUCACGAAUCUAUCGCUGUCAUUAUCUAAAGAGUCAAUGCCUGUAAUUUCAACUUCCGAGGAAACAAUGAAAACGAAUACUGUGACAAAACGAGGUCAUAAAAGAAAAAUUAAGGCAAGCGAAGACGCUGUAACCACAAAUGUUGACUCACCAAAGUUGUCACCUAACAUUACUGCGACAGUAGAACCUCGUGAUUCUGUUAGGAGGCAACCAUCAAUGGUUCAAGAUCACACCGAAUCGUCGGUAAAAGAUCUCGAGAACGCAAUGUCUAAACACCUUCCAUCACCGAAUUCUAUUAGUACUACAACGGAUUUCAGUACAGAUGCUCUAUUAAAACAACAGCAAGAAAAAAGCAGUACAAUCCAAUGGAUAGGCAGUCCACACUCUAACCACGCUUUUCAUCAGCAACCAGCUACAAUGCCCGCAACUGCUCUUCUCCGCCAACUCUAUGCAAACCGUGAAAGUGUUAUUAGAGCUACAGCAAGACCUACUCCAUCGGGCAUAUUUUAUGGAGAACCACAAACCGGUCCUUUGCCAACACCACCAGGAAAUGAAACUUACGACAACCAGUUAUUCAUUCAUGGCCAUGGGCAGAAGCCUUCCGAUGCGUUCACAAAUCUGGUUUCAUCAUACAGUGGUUACCACAGUUCUAUAGAUUAUCACAACGCCAUGACACCCCCAAGUUCUGUUUCUCCAAGAGAGUCUGUAAACCCUUUAAGUGGCAAAAGUCAAAAUCAUAAUUCUAAUGCAUAUGAAUAUACAGAACCACUUCGAACUCAAUACAAUGCAUCGGUCGGUGGAUCUGAUACUUCUACUACUCCUUCCUUACCGCUAAAGCCUCAACCAUAUUCAGCAGCAGCGGCUAUGCAUCACCACGCUGCCAAUGCUAUAGAUGCCUAUGGUACUCUAGAGCAGCCGCAAUACUUUUCGCAUCAUUCCAGUUUUCAUCUAUAUCAUAAGGGAACGCCUUCUGCGGGUUGGUACACAACUCCUUCGUAAAAUGAGUAGAAAUGCAAAAAGUUAAUAACUCAUUUCUAAACCAUAGCAGUAAGGUGCAUAAGUAUCCAUUCGAAUUUUUCGUCGUGCAUGCCGUUCAAAUUAUAUUGGUUUUCAAAACCAGGAGUCGAUACGAAUAACUGUCAUCACCAUGGAAUGGAAUAAUGAGGUCCACUGAAGUUAACUAAACAUAGACGGAAACGAACCUAAUUUAUAAUCGAAAAAAGAAUAAUGCGAAUAUUAGUAGGUAGCUGAAAAUAGCAAAAUAUUCAAUAUGGAACAGCGAGUGGUGGGCUCGUUACAAUGUGACUGUCAAGAUAUCAUGUUUACUUCACUUGCUAAUUCGAAGCAUUGCUACUGAAUAUGACAAGUUAUUAUUGAAUUAUUUCAGCAUCAACGCACUUUAUUGUGAGGGAAUACGAAAUUCGACUCUUGACUUAACCGUAAAAUAACUUUUCCAAUGGUAAUAUAUUUUUUGCUUGAGCCAAGAAUUUCGUAAUAUGCAGGUUCCAUAAUUCGGGAAUCCCUCAUGUGUAUAUAGCAUACUUUUUUGAAUACCAUUCAUGAUAUGGCAUCUGUAUGCAAUUGUAAAUAACGUAGUAAACAGAGAUUUAAUUAAAUUGAGCUUUUAGCAUAAACUUCAAUGAGCAUUGAUUUGAAUAUUAUGCAGAAGUUAUGAAUGUAAAUAAACUUCUCCGAUGACGUUAAUUGUAUUCCGUUUGCGGAUUUGUUAACAUAUUGCGAAUAAUGAAAAUAUUGUUAUAAUUCUCGAAUAGAAAAAUAAACAAAAAACUCAAAUUGUAAAUGAAAUACUCAAUUAACCUUUGAGCGUAGGAAAAUAAGAAGAGUAGAACUUCCAUGGAAAUCGUGACGUAUAAACACAAGAAAUAAUUUCUAAUAAUAAGAUUCGUUUUGUGCCAAUAAUUGUUUUUAUAGUUGUCAUGUAUUUUAUUUUUGUAUCAAAAACAUGCUUUUUUUACAAUCUUUAGCGCUUUGUUGUGCAUUUUUGUGUUUUAAUUUUCAGCCUUUAAAAGAUAACUAAAAAAAUAAGAUCUGUAUUGUUCAAAUUGAUUAGAUGAUCUUACCUCAUAUUUUCUGUUAAAUCUAUAAUUAAGCAUCACAUGAAAGUAAACAUUUUAUGCGAAGAUAUAUUUCAUAUAUUUAUGAAUAUGUAUGUUCGUAUAUGCGUAAACGUUGAGUAAUUUUUCUUUGCGCUUGAACCUUCUAACAACUCUAAGAUGUAUUGGAAGUAACUUUUUGUCUGAUGUGAUUUGUUGACAGAUGUACUUUCCCAGUAAAUUUAGCUAACUCGAGCAGUAUUUUUUCAAUCUGCUAUAACUGUUGCAAAAUAUUGGUCUGUUUGUUUGAAAGUAAUUUAAUUGAUUUGAGGGGGCAAUAAUUAAGUUCCAACUUUUAUUUGAUUGUGUAUGCUGAUACUUUUAUCAUUAUACAUUAUAGAAUCGGAAUAUGUUCUACUUUGUUCUAAUAAAUGCUUUCUAGAUUACAUCCAUAUUGAAGCUUUCACCAAUGAAAACUUGGAAUUUCAGCCUGCAUGUAUUUACGAAUAAAACUCUACAGAAUAAAAAAAACUAUUUUAAAAUGGACGGUUCCUCUAUGAAUUCAGUUUAUUAUUAUAUGAAUGGCUUAGCCUAGUUACUGCUAUAAAAAAUUACCUAUUUAUGUGUUCCAUCAUUUUCUAGAAAAUUAAAUCCCGCCAGGAGUGAUUCUCUAACACACAAUUUAUUGGACAUCGGAUGAAGCAACUAUCCUAAUUAUUGUUGGGGGCAUUUGGACCAUGACACCUCAAUGAUACGAUGACUGUCAUAAUUUUUUGUCUCUCCGAAAGCGGACAUUUAAUAUGUAAAUGUAAAAGGGAUAGCUACACUGCUCCACCAGUGUUUUGAUCCACAUGCUUUUAAAGUAACUCCUCUAAGGUCAUUCUGUAAUAGUGGAUUCCACUAUAUGACAUUGCCGGCUAUGGAGUUCUCGCCCUUUUUGAGGUUUUGUGUGAUUUAACCGGAAACCGCAGAACCGAUUGUUACGAAAUUUAGUGAAAGGAUUUUGUUUGGUGCCAUUUUGUAUUGAGUUUUGGGGUAGUGUUCCCAUACAUUCGAAAGGGAAGUGCAAUGUUUUAUUACUGAAUAUAGUCAUUUGGGAUUCGUUCUCAGAACCUAUCUAUCCAAAAAAUCUGAAAAAAUUGACAAUGGUGCAUCUGCACAUACCAUUUCGAUGUCUUUUCAAAUAAAGUUAAUAAUAGCAUAUUUUGAAACUUUAUCCGAAAGCUCCUUUUAAUUUCAUCCUAGAAGUGCAAGACUUGGCAUAGAUAUAAAAAAUAAUAUAAGGCAUAACUUUCCGAAGUUCGAAUGAAAUGGAAUUACUACAGUAGAAUUCCGAUACUUCGUACAUAGAUAAUUAGUAUUUCCGGUUAAUUCGUACCAAUGCCGGUCCUCAGAGUUCAUUUUCUUUAUUUUGCACUGCGAUAAUUGGUAUUCUCGAUAUUUUUUACUAAAUCGUCAGUCACUUGACGAAACGAAUUAUCAUUAUAGAAGUUCAAACUUUUGUAUUUCACGUGAAGUUAUUGUACUCAUCAUCAUAGAAAGUGAACAUAUACAAACGGCGGGAUCCAUGGAGUCAUUUUAGUUUCCUCUUUUUAGUUUUUUUAUUUUUUUAUACAUAUAUCAGUCUCAAUUACUGGAAACAGACAUCCCAAUAGAAAAAUUUGGAAGCAAUUUCCUUGGAAGCAAAAUGGAAGCGCUUCCCUGCCAUCUGCAAAAGUGCCUCUCGAGAACCAUAGGGAUUCAAUAUUUGUUCCCUUGGAAGCGAAGUGGAUACGCUUCCCGUCCAUAGCCAAAAUGGGCUUCUUAAGAAACACUUACAUACUAUUGCUAUUUGCACGAAUAAUCAGGCAUUAUUUUUCAUUGAAACUCCACUCGCUUUUUGAAAGAGAAUUGUUGAAUUGAAAUUUUGUGUUUAAUGAAGUAGGCAUAGGCGUCGUAAAAUUGGAAGUGCUAGAAUUAUCUAGAUAUUCAAGAAAGGUAGGUUUUUCUUAUUCCUUGUCUUUUGUUUGAGUUCUAAAUAUGUUGUAUGGUACAAAAUUAGAUAUUGCAAAAAAUUAUUAAAAUUUAAUAGAUAGGUGCGAAAAACUCUUAAAAGAGCGCGUCAAGCAAAAGAAAAAUCAAGUAAAAUUGAAACACAAAUUACGCAAAAAGAAAGACUGGAACUUGAGCAUGUUUUUUCCACCAUUGCUUUUAGAAAAAGAUACAAUAAAAUAUUUAAAAG